GUGCGGGAGGACCAUUAGCCACAGUUGGUACUGAAAACAACCCAAGAAACGGCAGUCAUCAUACCCUCUUGAGCUGCGCAAUGUCGGUAGCGUCGACCUCCAAAAAGCGAAAAGUAAACGCCAUUAGCGGCGGUACAGCAGCCUCCAUGACCAGCGGCAGCAGCGUCCCUUCUGCAUCAGAGCAGCAAUCUGCGAGUGCGUCUCGUCUGAUGCGCUUCACGGGACAUGCCUACUUGCGACAAAGAAUCGUUCUUUCGGUGUUGUCUGGGCGUCCAAUUCGAAUAGACAAGAUCCGAGCAUCGUCGUCGUUCACAGAGCCCGGUCUUUCCAAUUACGAGGCAUCAUUUCUGCGUCUCAUCGAGAAGAUCACUAACGGCAGCAAAGUGGAGAUUGGGUACACCGGUACUUCCAUCUUCCUAAAGCCGGGGAUUGUAAGCGGUGGAAAGGUGACGCACGACUGUGGGGCGGACAAGAGCAUCAGCUGGUAUCUAGAGUGGAUUAUCUGCCUUGCGCCUUUUGCCAAGCGUGAGCUCCACCUCACCUUAAAAGGCAUCACGACGCACUAUAACGAGCUUGGGGCGGAUAUUCUCCGCACUGUCACUCUGCCGCACUUGCAACUCUUCAUGCCGACCGAGCUUUCCUCCCUCUCUUCUCCCCUUGAACUUCGCAUCCUCAAACGAGGAGCACCCCCGCUUGGUGGUGGCGAGGUGUUCUUUUGUUGUCCACUCCUACCUUCAACGGGAGGUACGGGAUCGGGAGGGUCAUCGGCGGGUGGCAUGAUUAGGAGCUUGAACUUUACGCAGCCUGGUCGCGUACGACGAAUACGAGGUAUCGCUAGCGCUACGCGCGUCAGCCCGCAAAUGGCAAAUCGCAUGAUCGAUAGUGCCAGGGGUGUCCUCAAUAGAUACAUUCCGGAUUUGUACCUCUUUGCAGAUGUGUUCAAGGGUGAUGAAAGCGGCAAAUCACCAGGCUACGCGUUAUCCCUUGUUGCAACCUCCACAACAGGUGUUCUGCACUGCGCAGAAGCGCUUUCCAAUCCUUCAUCCUCAGAACAGUCCCUAUCCACGCCCGAAGAAGUUGCACUCAGUGCUUCCCGCGCUCUCUUGACGGAAAUUGCUAGCCGGGGCUGCAUAGACCGUGCACACCAAGCGAUGGUCCUCCUUCUGAUGGCCGUAGGACCGGAGGACGUGAGCAAGGUGCGGAUGGGCCGUCUCACGGCGAAUGCGGUGCAAAUGCUCCGGGACAUACAAGAUACCUUAGGAGUCAGGUUCAAGAUCAAGGAUGCUGAUGCGGAGCAAGGGAAGAAGAGGGCGAAGAGUGUUGUGCAUGCCGAAAACGCCGAGCCGAGUGAAACUAAAGUGGAGGUGGAAGGGGACGAAGUGAUACUAAGCUGCUUUGGUGUUGCGGUCCGGGGCGCUCGCAAGGUUGGGUGAGGAGGCCGCAGGGGUAUGCAACUCUGCAAUGUAUUCUGCUGGUUGCUGCAAGUCUUCGCUAUCCUAC